UGGAAUUGCGUAAUCAGUGUUACAUGAAUUCCCAUGAUGAAGGAAAGUAUAAAGUGUAACAAAUAUGAAGUGCUAGAUUUUUUUAAAUAGUAAUUUUUCUGGGCACAUCAGCACAAUGUCCUGAAGUUGGGCUGUGCACACGGGGUUUCAUCCCACAAUGGGGGUAAAGCACCCAGAACGCCGUACUUUCUGGCCUGACCCAAAUACAUCACUGCCCUGUUCUUUCCAGCUUCUGCAGUGGUUGGACGAGUUCCUUCCACGUCACAAAGUAUUUAAACUUCACAGCCAGAGGCAGACUAUAUCUCUCCAUCCCAUCUGAAGACUGACAUCACCUCUGUGAUUUACCGCUGAGAAUUAUGGCAAAGCUGGCUGUGUGUGUCUCUGCGCUGCUCCUGAUGCUCGUGGUGCUCAGUGAAACUCGUCGCCCGGUACCUUGCUGCACGGAAAACUAUGACGGAAUAAUCAAAUUAAAGUAUCUGAAAAACUUUGCUGUGCAACUCGACACAGGCAUCUGCAACAUCAACUCAACGAUCUUCUUCACUGAGAAAAACAAACUCAUCUGUACUGAUCCUAAGAAGCCAUGGGUGAUCAGAGCCAUGAAGCAUCUGAAAAACAGAGCGCUCUGAGCUGGAACUGUGGACGUUCUUCUGACGGGAUCCGCCUUAUCAUUAUAUUUUUAUUCACAAGAAUAUAUAUAUUUAAACAGCAUUCAUAUUAUAUUUGUUAUUACUUUUGUACUCACUUAUAUUCAAUAAAUCAAAUAUUUUGUUAAA